AUGAUUGAAUUGAGGUAAUGUCUAAAUUAUAUAUAAAUAGAAGAAUUGUUAUAGUAUGGAAUUUAGAGAAUAUCGAAUACUAGAUGACUAUUAAAAUUAAUUAAGUUAGGAUAGGCGAAAUUUAAUAUGAGAUCAAUAUAGUGGUAAAAAAAGGAAGAGAGUGA